AUGGCUUCUUCAACUUUGAACCAAAAAUCCAAUUUUCAUGCUCGUUCAAACAGCUUGCCUUCUAGACCUCAUCCACUUGUUACUCAAAUUGAUGAGCAUCUGUGUAGGCUAAAGGCCAAUGAAUCCGCCUCAUCAUCAUCUUCAUCAAUGAGCCAAAAACUAAGUGGCCUUAGAAAUCUGUAUGAGUUGGUUGAUAAUUUGCUUCAACUGCCUCUUACACAAAAAUCAUUAGCCCAACAAUGCAAUGAUAAACAGGCCAAGGAAGAUACCCAACAACUUCCAUCAAUUUUGAGAAGAAGAAGAGGCGAUGAAGCUGGUUUCACAUAUGAAGCUAAGGAAUACUUUGCUUCAAGGAAGAAAGCAAAGAAGUUAAGAAACAAGUCUCAGGAAGCUUGUAAAUGUGGCUUUGCUCUGUUAGAAAACGAUGCUGAGGCCGCAUUUAGCAUGUUGGGAGAGGUACAAAGAGUUGCAUUCACAGUGUUUGAAUCCCUCUUUUCUCAUAUCAAUGGCACAAAGAUGGAAUCAAAAUCGACCAAUUGGUCUUUGCUGUCCAAGUGA